ACCAACCGGCUAUGAGGACACUCACGUCGAUCUUCCUCUUAGUCCUCCUCGGGCUCGCGCUACAUGCUCACUGCGAGGAGGCGAUGGAUCAGAGCGCUCGUGACGAGGAGCGCGGCAUCUUGGAGUGUAUAUUCGAGGACAACAGCGCCAACUGCCUGAGAACGAGACUGGCUCGCGACCUGGACCAGAUAGAGCGGGAGGUUACCGGGAAGAAGAGUCAACCGCCGAUGAGCGUGGUGCUCGAGCAAGCUGGCGGUAUUAUCGCGGAAGUCGUCGACGAUCUGCAGGAGACCGGCGCCGAAGGCAUCAUCGGGGAGGACGAGGCUCAGGAUGACGAGAUAGAGGAGACGCGCAAGAUCAAGUUCGGCAAGAAGAAGAAGAAGAAGCAGCUGCAGAAGCUUCUGGGGCUGGCGAUGCUGUUGAAAGCGAAACUCAGCCUGCUGCUGCAGCUCAUCAGUACGCACUUCCAGCUUAAGUUCUUCGUCAUCGCCAUCAUCUCCCUGCUGAUCAACGCCACGAGGUUCUGGCUGGAGCUGAAGAAGGGCCAUCCGUCCAAAGUGAUCUACUACGAGCACGCACAGCAUCAGCAUCACUACGACCACGACGACCACGAUCACGGUUACUGGGGAAGAUCGUCGAACGAGACCCCCAUGGACCUCGCUUACCGCGCCUACGUGCCCACGGAAUGA